UGGCAAUUGACAAAUCGUGUAUUUUUGCAUGACUGCAUACAAAUAAAACAAGCAGAAAACAAUGUACAAGAAGAACUAAAGGCAAUUUAUUUUACAUUUCGAAAUUAUUUAUCUAGUUUAUGUUUACACUAACGUACAUUUUCUUUACAUUAUAUGAUUCGUAAUUGGGCUUUAUACCAUACAUUAUUUGUAGGAAAUGAAAAACAUGCACCAUUUUGAGAACGUUUGGAGGGAGGCCUUUGACAUGUACAAGUAACGUGUUGUAAUUUCUUUUGCUUUGGUACUAAAAUUUUGCGAAGUUUAUUUUAUUCAACUAAAUAAAAAAAGGAGAAAGAUAAAAUGAGAAAAAAUUAAAUUUAAAUUUUCAAAACUUUUCAGAUAUUUGAUGUGGUCUUAAAUCGUCGUCAUGUUAUAGUGUCUGAAUUGGGUCACGGCUCUGCCCAUCAUGAAUACGUCUUUUUUACAGUUACCUCGGGUAAAUUAAAGUACAAGGAGAAGGUGUCUAAUGUACGCAACAACUUGGUACGUUUCGAUUCAACGUAUACCAUGGCUAAAGUCUUUACAUAAAGACACUUUCUAUCGAGAUAUAGAAGACAGUGCUUCCAUUAGAGGCGCGAACAAAAAGAAGAUCCUUAAUGGCCAACAUAGAAAAUUAGUUUCCAAUGAAGAAGAUACCGAAACGGGUGAGUAUCGAAAGAAAUUACCAGCACUGGAUAAUGAAGAAGAUAUUAACGAUGAAUUCCAUGAAUUACUUUCGAAAACAGAAAGUCCUCGUAAGACAAGCGGUCAGCAACAAACAUACCCAUAUUCGAUGGACGAUUCUACAUUACUUUUACCAGUAUUUAUAGCUAUUCGAGCAUUUAUUCCGUUAUUGUUUUGUUUGUGUAAACUUUAAUUUAAGAAAACGUUGAAUUCCUAGUAACAAAUUGCUGCGCUCAUUACUUUUAUUCUGUACUAUCUCCUAUUUAUUUUCAUAUUUCGAAAUUGUCUUUCCUUCUUUUUUCUUUUCUUGCUAGAUUAACUGUACAUUAAAUGUUAAACAUGCA